AUGUCUAUCCUGGACAACCAACUCUCUGAGGUCCCCCAGCUGGCCGCCUUCGAUGCCGCGCUGGAGGACGCCCUGCAGACUGCCAGAGCCAGCAAGCCCUCAUCGUCAAUUGAGCCUCCGCUGACCAAGAACGACUGCUCCAAACUUCUAUCCCAGCUACCUACCAUAUUCUCUGCCGACCCCGACAAGGAUGUCGACGCCGAAAGACAACGUCAAUAUCAAAUCAUAGAGUCCGUUCUCCGCCGCCGUUUCGAUCAACUCAUCUCUACCACCUCUAUCGAGAGCUCCGACUUCGUACAAGUAUGGAAUAUCCUCGAUAUCACCAUCCUCCUGGCUGAAAGCAAACAAAGCGAGGCCGUCCUUCCUCUGACACUCAUCGAAGUGCUCUUGGAUAGCCAGACGUUGCAAGCAUGUCGUGUCGUUUUCGACUACCUCGAAGCGCGCCGCGAGCGCCUGAUUAAGGACUUUUCUAGUGCCAAAAGCCUCAUCAUUCUGCGAACAUGCAAUGAGUUGCUGCGCCGUCUUUCGAGAGCUGAGGAUAUUUCUUUCAGCGGUCGUGUCUUUAUCUUCAUGUUUCAGAGUUUCCCCAUGGGUGAUAGGGGUACCGUCAACCUCCGAGGUGCAUAUCAUACUGAGAAUGUUACCACCUGGGAAGAAAACUACUCCAAGUCCGAGGAGCAGGCAUCAGACAGCAUGGACGUCGACGCCAAGGAGGAAACGUCCACGAAGCCACCGCCAGUCGCCAGCGGGAAAGCCGUAAGCUUCGACGCUAGAGACAAGUCGACAUCUCAGAAGCCUCUCGAGCCCGAUGCUCUGUAUUCAGUGUUCUGGUCUUUACAGGGCUAUUUCUGCCAGCCUUUGAAGCUGUUUGACGGCCAAAACAUGGCAACGUUCAAAUCCGGCCUAGAAGCGACACUCGUCGCAUUCGAAUCGGUAGCCCAAGGGCAACGGAACUCCCAGUCCUCGGAUGACACUAAGGAUGCCUCUAAGAAGCGCAAGAGAUUCGAGGUCGACUCCUCCAAUGGCGGCACUUUCAACCCGAAAUACCUAACUAGUAGAGAUCUUUUUGAGUUGGAGAUGAGCGAUUUGUUCUUCAGACGUCACAUUCUCAUACAGGCAGUCAUCGUUCUGGACUUUUUAAGCUCCUUGUCAGCCAUAGCAAGAAAGAAAUAUGCCAACAUUCGGCAACCUAAUAAGUCGGUAAUGUACAGCGACAAGGUCAUAUCCGAAGAGGACGAGAAAUGGGCGGAAACAAUGAGGAAGAGGAUGUACGAUUAUAUCUUCGCUGGCCCGGACGGAGCAUACGUUCAUCGAAUACUUAUGGCCGUAACUCAACGAGACAAGGGCUGGACACGAUGGAAGAUGGAAACAUGCCAACCUAUGGAGAAACCAGCCGUCACACCUGCCGAGUUCAACGAUGCACGCGAAUCGGUCAAGCGGAUGGCCACGAGCAAAAGGCUGAGACCGCAUCCUAUGGGCUCGCUCAACCUUGACUUCUUGAAAGCCGAGGAUGAAGAGACAGCCAUGGACAAGUUUAAAGAUCCGGCCAGGUGGAAACUGCCUGAUCUUCUGACUUUUAAGAACAAGAUCGCAGAGGAUGAUUUGGAGCUCGAUUUUGCCAAAUCCGAGAAAGAGAAAGCGCAGAUAAUAGAAGCCAAGGCCAGCAAGACCUGGCGUGCCUUGAGAAUAGCAGGUCGCACAAGAUUAGCCGCCCUCGACAGGAUUGAUGAUUGGCAGGAUAUCAGUGCUGUCUUCGAAGAGCCGAAGGCAUCUUCCACAGAAGAGGUUAAAGAGGAAGAAGGCGAGGUCGGUAGAGUUCCUGAAGAUAUGCAGCCUAUCAUCAUCUCAGAUCCCGAGGGUGCCAACAAAUCCACCCUUGUCAUCAUGCUGCAAGAAAGGCAACCUCACGUCUUUCAAAGGGUAGUCCGGCAUACGACUCGGCAAACAACAGGAAGCGAAAUCGAUGGUCAGGACUAUCACUUCGUUGACGCGGCGGCUUUUAACAGAAUGUCGGACAAUGAUCAAUUCGUGGAGGUGACUAAUCAAGAUGGGUAUGAUAUUGCUACCAGUACCAAAGCAAUAGAUACGAUCAAGGAGUCCGGAAAAGUCCCGCUCCUGGAAAUGGAUCGUACAUCCAUUCAGAGCUGUAAGGACUGGGGCUUCUCCGCACGCACCAUCUUUGUCUCACCCUCCAGCAUUGAGCAUCUGGAAGCAAGGCUCAAAGACUCUGGCAAGUACGCCGAAGGUGACAUUGCCAGCCUCCUGAACUCUGCGGGUGCAGAUCUCGAACAUUCCAAGACUGAUCCAUCAUUUUACGAUACGAUUAUCACCUACAUCGACCUUGAGAGCACGUAUAAAUUCCUUGAGGACUUCAUUUACGGCGGUGCUGAGAUGGGUGCGAAUGGCGUCAACGGUGACGACGCAACAAAGGAUGACGAUGUCUCCAUGACUGAGGAGCAACCGAACGGCACUGCAUCGCCAUCUACCGAAGCAGUAGCAGUGGAGUCUGCGCAAGCCGAAGAAGCAACGAACUAA